GUCUUGGAAAGUAAACCUAAACAUUUACAGGUGUAUAAGUACUGGUGCUAGCUAGCACAGAUGAUGCACCUGUCUCAGGAAAAGGACUAACACAGGUGUGUUGGAACUUGGGCUACUGCCAGAGCUAGAUUAUGAGCUCAUUUGAUCCACAGAUACACUCACCUCCACGCUGCAGCCCGCAAUUUCCAAGCAUCGGCCAGGAACCACCUGAAAUGAACAUCUACUAUGAAAAUUUCUUCCACCCGCAGAACGUUCCCAGUCCGCAACGGCCCACCAACUUUGAAACAGGGGAUUACUCUGCUGCACCCAAUCCUUACUUGUGGUUAAACGGACCUUCCAUUAAUUCUCCACCUUACCUGCCAGGAUCCAAUGGCAGCCCAUACAUCCCACCAUCCUAUGGAAUGCAAAGGCAGCUCUUGCCCAACAUGCAUGGCUUGACAGGGAAUGACAUGGGCUGGCUCCCUAUGCCUUCUCAAGAGGAGCUGAUGAAGCUGGUAAGACCACCCUACUCCUACUCUGCACUGAUUGCCAUGGCCAUCCAUGGAGCACCAGACAAGAGGCUGACGCUCAGUCAGAUCUACCAGUAUGUGGCAGACAACUUUCCCUUCUAUAAUAAAAGCAAGGCUGGCUGGCAGAACUCCAUUCGUCACAACCUGUCCCUCAACGACUGCUUCAAGAAGGUGCCCCGGGAUGAAGAUGAUCCAGGGAAAGGCAAUUAUUGGACUCUGGAUCCAAACUGUGAGAAGAUGUUUGACAAUGGAAAUUUUCGGCGAAAAAGGAAGAAGAAAUCUGAUUGUAGCGCCAGCACGGUGACUUUGGCUUCUGACAAAUCAGAGGACAGUGCCUUAAGUGGCAGUCCCAAGGCUCCAGAACACCAAGAUAUAUUGGAAAACUCAUCAGGAACCGAAAGUUCACCUGAAAAGCGGUCUCCACCACCGCCAUCCACUACUCCCUGCCUCAACAGUUUUCUCUCCAACAUGACAGCUUACGUGAACGGAUCCAAUUCAGUGAGCCGCUCGGUGCCCCUGGGACUUGGCACUGACGGAGGGGACAAAAUGGGACAGAAUAUGGUAGGCUUCAACACAUACACGCCUCUUCCCAGUCAUGGGGGUAGUGAAUGGUCCAAUUCCAUGUCCUCUGGUCAUCUUGGCUAUAGCAGUUCAGUUCUUAACCAGUUCAACACCAGUUUCUACAACAGUCUGUCUGUCAAUAAUACUCUGUAUGCCAGAGACGGAACUGAAGUGUAAACAAGUGGAGGCCUUGCGACAGGAGGAGAAUUGUGUAAGAAGUCAGAAAGAGGAAAUAUGUCAGGGAAAGGACUUCAUGUGAGCUGCCCUCUUCCCAAUUUUUCUUAGGCAGACCAAAGUUUCUCUAUUAACAUGUUUCCAGGCAGUGAUGUUCAUAGAAUUCAGUGGCUUCAAAUCAUACAAAGACUUCUUCAUAAAAAUGGUAAAGAAGAGCAUAUCCUUUUCACUUGCUCAUUAAUCAAACAGAAAUAAUUGGUUUCAGACUUUUUGACAUUAAAGCAGAACAGGGUGAUCGCUUUCAGACAUAAACCUACCUUUGGAAAAUCCACCCUAUUUUUUUUUUUUUUGCUUUCUCUGCAUUUUGUUUGAAUAUAAUAGUACCAUAAAGAGAUUAUUUUGAAUAUAAUAGUACCAUAAAGAAAAUAUUCACUAAUUGGGUUGAAUGGACUCUUAUCUGAAAACGUGGCAUGAUCCAGCUAAUAUUAAGUAUGCUUAAUAUCUCACUUAUUCGGUGAGAGAAAGCUUAUGCUUCUCAUCCCCUGAAAAAAAACUUAACUUUUUAUCUUUUACUACUGAAAUCUUCUAUUUCAUCAGUGUAAAGUGUAAAGUGAUAUGCAGAGAAGAAAACAAAGUGAUGGAAGUAUUCUUAAAUAAGAAUAUAUAUGUAUAAAUAAAAACUUGACUUUUUAUCAUCCUAUUUUUUUCCUACAGAUAUCACAUUUUCAGUCAGGUGAAUAUAGUCAAACGUGUCCUAAUCACCAAAAGCAACGGUGUGUGAUAGAUACAAUGUUACAUGGUAGUUGAAGAACAAAGUGUAGAGCUUGUGCAUUGUGCAAUCCCAAACUCUUGCUUCUAAAAACAAGGUUUAAUUUGGGUUUGGUGUAGGCAGAAUGCUAUUGCUGUGAAGUAUAAUAGAAAACCUCUCCUGGAAGAUAUAAAAGAAUAAGACACCACACUUCUAAACAUAUGUACACAUAUAUUUUAUCACACCUGACAACUCAUGAGGAAAUUGCUAUUAAAUCUGCCUUUUUCUUUUAUAAGCCCUAAUUUCUGUGCUUGUGGUUAAAAACCUAAGUUUAAUUUAUAGGCGCUUUCCUUAUACACUAUGUAAUAUUGGCUAAAGUUAGGGUGAAAAGUCACGUUUCUAUCAAGGGCUAACAUUGUUUGGUGGAAAUCUGUUGCAGGCUGCCCUUUUAUUUGCCACAGUAAGAGUCAAAACUUUUUGGGUUUACUCCUCUGACUUUUUAAUGCCUUCUUAUGCUCUCCUUCUUCCUCCCACCAAAGAUGUCUGCAUAUAUUUUUUGCCCCAGUGUUUGACUCUGAAACCUUAGAAAGAGCUUUAUUAGAUUGAGAGACAUUACACACCCCUAUCAAAAAUGUGUAGCAGUUGCACAUGAUAACCCUAGCUUCAGUGACACUUACACUUGAUCCAAUAAAAGUCCAAAGGAAUUCAAAUGCCCUCAGGCAAAUGGGACAAAAAUCACUCUUCCUGGAGAUUCUUAUUCUGUCUAUUUUUGAUUCUGAUGUCAUCAUGGGGGGCAUG